AUGCGUCUAUUCGACUCGAGAAUCAAGUUCCCCAUCCACAUGCUCCAGUUAGCGUUGGCGGUGGCAGCAAUCGGCGUGACGGUAGUCCGCAUGUUCCUCCCUAACGCACCAAGGGGUAGAUCUGGCACAAUGGCUUUGGGCAUGGGCGCGAAAUCUCUGAUAAUCAUCCUCUAUCAAGUCCUCACCGAACACGUCUCGGCACUAAAACGCUGGGCCAGCCUCAAAGCCAACCUCAUCCUCAACGCCCUCGAGAUCGUCUUCUGGGCCGCCGUCGCAUAUAUGUCCAUUCAGUCUAACACACAACAAUGCGUCGGCACAACCUGCACUCUCAGCUGGGUAGUAGUUGUCAUUGGCAUCCUCCUCAGCAUUGUCGCCGGAUAUGCAACCGUUAUCUCCUGGCUCGACUUCCGCUACUUCAAGAUCAACGGCGUCGCCCGUGGCUCCAUCUGCCAUCAACAGCUUCCCCUUCACAGCAGAUGCAAUAGCUCUCAGAGCCAAUCGAUCAAAACCAUUGAGGUCCAGGGGCAGAAUAAGCGUGGCACGCCACACGCCGUUGCACCGGCACACCUGCGCAAUGGCAAUAGCCAGUACGAGCUGGAGUACGACAACCAGUACGCGCUGCAGUAUGCGCAACAGUACCAGCAGCAAUACCAGCAACAGUACAUCAAUCAAUACCACAACCAAUACCACAACCAGAACUCGCACCAGCAACGGAAAUAG